CUCAAUGUCAUCGUUAGUCAAAGUCAGCGUCCUUUCAAUAGGUUUUUUUUAGAAGAAUACGAAAAUUCUUUUUCUUCAUCAAGUUUACUUUUUACCGUUCUCAUUUCUUAAUCGUGCCGUUGUCAAACCACAUUGUUGAAAAGAUGCCUAAGUCAUGCCGGCCAAAAUCUUACAACAACUACCUUCGAUCUCUAAAGGCUGACAACAUUCCAGAAAUACCAAGAAGUACAUUGUGGCGUAAGGGACUUCAAGCUGGUACACGACAAGGUACUGCAACUCAAACUGCACCUGAUGGCCAUCACGAUCCUGACAUUCAGCAAGAUGAUGCUGUGACCGCUGAUCAUUACCAGCAACAACCACCACUACCUGAUUACAAUCAUGAUUCUGAUUCUGAAGGAGACUUGGAAGAUCUUCUCAACGCUACGGUUGGGGUUGACGAAUUAUUAAACAACCAGCCAGAAGACGAUGACAACAACCGUGAUUCUGAUGAAGGUAACGAGCCUGUUUUUCUAGGCCUUACUAUGACAAAAAGCCAACUGUUAGCGUUGGUAUUCGCAUUCAUCCUUCGACAUCAUCUUUCUAAGACGUGUCUCCAAGACCUGCUUUCAAUAUUGUGUUCCCUCAUUCCUAAUUGCAUUCCAAAGUCUAAAUACUCAUUCUAUAAAGAAUUCUCUCAGCCCUCCACCAAAGUGAUUCUGCAUUAUAAGUGCCCCGUCUGUGAGUCGUAUUUGGGAGAGGAUUUGUCGUUGGACCAGGUUUUUUUUGCGAGUUCUGCCAGGCUCAUUUUACUGCUAAACGGUGUUAUAAGUCAAAAGACUAUUUCCUUACUAGUUCUAUUGAACAACAACUGAAAAAUAAUUUAGAAGGGACAAAUUUGUGGGAUCACAUAGAAAAAACUAAAUCAAAUUUGAGUAAUAUUAACGAAAAUGGGGUAAGAGGAGAGGUUUUUACCGGGGCGAACUAUAAUCAGGAUGAGUUAAAAAUUUUUUUAAAUAGUGGUGAUAACGUAAGCGUAACUUUUAGCACAGAUGGCAUUAGCAUGUCGAAAUCUACUCCUUUUGAAAUUUGGCCAAUUGUUUUGACGAUUAAUGAAUUAGAUUUCACUAACAAAAGUCGGUUUGUUAUUUUGAGUACUCUUUGGUUUGGUCCCAAAAAACCGACAAGUGAAACAUUCUUUCAUCCGUUCAUCACAGAGCUUCGCAGACUUUUUUCUGAU